AUGUCGCGCCCCGCCACAGUGACUUGGAGCCCCUGUCUGUGGCUGCUGCUGCUGUCAGCGGCUGCGGCGUGGCCGUCCGCGGUCUGGCAGCGGACCGGCGCCCACGAGCGCAUCGUCGGCGGCCACGAGACCAGCAUCGCCGACCUCCCCUGGCAGCUGGCCUUCGAGCUCGGCGGCGACCAGCGGUGCGGCGCGUCCCUCAUCGGCGACUCCUGGGUGCUGACCGCCGGCUACUGCGUCGAGGACGUCAAACUGGACUACUUGGCACUGCGGGCGGGCUCCUCCGUCCGUGGCGAUGCACAGAUAUAUACAGCUUACACCUCCACCAUCACCACAAGCUGGCAUCUGUCCCCACUGACCGUCAAGAAGCAAUUCUCCGCUGCCAAUUCCAUUAAUCAUCCAUCCCUGACCGGCAUAGACGGCACUCACUCCCAAAGGAAGUGA